AACAGGCAAAAAUAACAUAAAAAGCCAUAAAUAGAAGAAAGGCACAUGAAGAUGGUCGUUACUUGUUACAGAGAAGUGUAACAAUGAGGAACACUGCCAACAACAUCAACAACGACCCAGCUGAUCCUGAUGAUGAUGCCAUUGCCAACAAAGACCCUGUUGCCACUCUCGAUUCUCGCUUCAACCAAACCCUCAAAAGUGUUCAAGGGAUGCUCAAAGGACGCAGUUUUCCUGGUAAAGUUUUGCUGAGCCGUCGAACAGAACCUUUUGAUACCUCUAGCAUACAUGGAUCUCCUCGAGAAUACACUAGGAGUUUCUCUCAGAAUGAUGCUGGACCAAGUGAAAAGGAAGAUAACUCUGUAGAGGAACGGUCUCCAAGCACAGAUGAUAGUGUCUCCAAUGCUUCUCUAAGUAAGUCAAAAUCUUCAGUACCUCCCAUCAGUACUUCCAGAGAGUCUCAGAAGACUCUGUUAAGUGCAAGAGCUACAGAUUCAGCAAGGGUCAUGAAGUUCAAGAAGGAACUUUCGGCUCCAACAGUUACUUUAGAAAAACUACGGGAGCUAGCUUGGAGUGGUGUGCCAUCUGAAAUGCGCCCUGUUGUCUGGAGACUUCUUCUGGGAUAUGCACCACCUAAUUCAGAUAGAAGGGAAGGAGUUUUGAGAAGGAAGCGGAUUGAGUAUCUUGAUUGUGUGGCACAGUAUUACGACAUUCCUGAUACUGAACGUUCUGAUGAUGAAAUCAACAUGCUUCGCCAGAUUGCAGUUGACUGUCCCAGAACUGUACCUGAUGUAACUUUCUUUCAGCAACCUGCUGUCCAGAAAUCCUUAGAGCGGAUACUCUACACAUGGGCCAUCCGGCAUCCUGCUAGUGGAUAUGUACAAGGAAUAAACGAUCUUGUGACACCAUUUCUGGUUGUAUUCUUGUCCGAACACUUGGAAGGAAGCAUUGAUACUUGGUCAAGUUUGGAUCUCUCUGAGGAUAAAAUUACUAACGUCGAGGCUGAUUGCUAUUGGUGCCUCUCGAAAUUGCUUGAUGGUAUGCAAGACCAUUACACAUUUGCGCAACCAGGAAUCCAGAGACUUGUUUUUAAAUUGAGAGAAUUGGUUCGGAGGAUUGAUGAACCUGUUUCAAGACAUAUGGAGGAGCACGGUCUUGAGUUCCUUCAGUUUGCAUUUCGGUGGUUCAAUUGUCUUCUAAUACGGGAGAUCCCGUUCACCCUUGUGACCCGCCUUUGGGAUACAUAUCUUGCGGAAGGUGAUGCACUGCCCGAUUUUCUUGUGUAUAUAACAGCCAGUUUUCUUUUGACUUGGUCGGAUAAGAUCCACAAGCUUGAUUUUCAGGAGAUGGUCAUGUUCCUUCAGCACCUCCCAACUCUAAAUUGGGCAGAUCAAGAAUUGGAGAUGGUGCUUUCAAGAGCAUAUAUGUGGCAUACUAUGUUCAACAGUUCUCCGAGCCACUUAGCUAGCUAGUAAAUGCUGCAAAAAAGUUUCUUUUAACAUGUUUAGUCUUGUAUGUUCCGUAAUGUAUUCGUCUAGUAUUAAGUCUCUUAUCGUUUCACUGUUGAUAAUGUUGCCUUGUACCAUUUGUGUUGAUUACUUGGUUCUUCAUGACAUAAAGAGUCAAAUAGGGUUUUGUAUUGGCUGCAGUCGUAAUAUGUUGUAACCGAAACAUUUUUCAUAAAUUCGCGGUGCUUCGCUUUUUCAGUAUUUGUAAAAGUAGUAAUUCAAUGGCA